UUGCUAUUCACUGUACGAUGACUCGAAGUCUCGCGAUAUCCACUUGAAGAUCACGAUAAAAAUUAUUACGGCGAAAUAAAGACGCGACGAAACACAACGGCCGUCACGAGUGGCCGCCAAAAUGUAACGCGAUGAAGUACGUAACGAUCCGAACAUCGACGAAGGUGACCGAUCGACAGCUGCAAACGUCAAACGGUCGGCUGGAUGAGUGAAGUGCGCGCGCGCCUGAAGCGGAAUUCUAACCUCCCCGUCUCGUCGAGGUCAACGCUACGAUUUUAUUUCUCUUCUCGCCUAAUAAGGCAAGGGGUGGCAAGGAUAUAAAAAAAUCACAAAGGAAUAAAUCUUCGAGGCUUCUCUUUCGAGAAAUAAAUAUUUGCGCAAACAUACGAUAAAUAAUGUCCGAUCCGCGUAUAAGAACACUCAAGAUUCAGACAGGAGUAGUUAAGCGCCUUGCGAGAGAAAAGAUCAUGUACGAGAAGGAAGCGACGCAGCAGCGCGAAAGAAUACAAAAGUUAAAAGAGCAGGAUAAAGAUGGUUACGAUAUUAGAAAGCAAGAGGAGGUGCUUCAAGAAUCUUUGAUGAUGGUACCAGAUUGUCAAAGACGUCUCGUUAAAGCAUUUGAACAACUCAAAAGCUUUCUGGACACUGAACAAGAUUUGAAGGAAAUUGAGGAUUAUAUCGAAGCUGGAAAAGUAUUGCAAGAGGCAGAAGCACAAUUGCCGAAAGAAGGGGACAUUUUGCAAAUGUGUUAAAAAGUGUUCUCUCUGUGACUUUUGCUAAAUUAUUUUUUAAAUAUUCCACAA